AAUUGCUUUGUGGGAUAGAUGUCGUCUAAUCCUCCCUUCAGGGCCAUUCAUUCAAACAUUUACUCCACGAAUGUUCACUGAGCCCCUGUGCGCCCGCCAUUCCCGGUGCUAGCCCGUGGGGAUACGGCCCCCUGAGGUCACGGAGCGCGGAUUGACGGCUGAACCCAGAAGGGAAGGUUAAAAUCAAUGGAGGAGAUACGUGGCUUUUUCUCUCUGUGAUAUUUUGCAUGAAUCGUGCCUAAAACGUACUUUUAAGUGGGGAAGGUUCUCUGAAGAUUUGAGCUGAACGCCAUCUGCUCGAGAUUUAACUAAUUGUUCUCUCCUCUCUCUGACUGUCGGACGCGCACCUUCUCCGGAGGAUGGGGGAGGUACCCGAGCCCUGUGCUGUUAACCCGAACGUGUGUGAGCAGAGAACCUCAACCUUUGCUGGCUGCACUUUGGCGUAAAUUGCAAUCGAUUAGGGAUCGUUUCUCUGACUCAAGUUAGAAGUGAGAGUUCAGAUAAGUGAGGCCGCCAUUGCUGCUUUGAACACCUCAGAAGGGGAGAAUGGAUUUAUCAGGAGUGAAAAAGAAGAGCUUGCUAGGAGUCAAAGAAAAUAAUAAAAAGUCCAGCACUAGGGCUCCUUCUCCUACCAAACGCAAAGACCGUUCUGAUGAGAAGUCCAAGGAUCGCUCUAAAGAUAAAGGGGCCACCAAGGAGUCAAGUGAGAAGGAUCGUGGCAGGGAUAAAACUCGAAAGAGGCGCAGCGCUUCCAGUGGUAGCAGCAGCACCAGGUCUCGGUCCAGCUCUACCUCCAGCUCUGGCUCCAGUACUAGCACUGGCUCAAGCAGCGGCUCUAGCUCUUCAUCAGCAUCAAGCCGCUCAGGAAGUUCCAGCACAUCCCGAAGCUCCAGUUCCAGCAGCUCCUCCGGCUCUCCGAGUCCUUCUCGGCGCAGACAUGACAACAGGCGGCGUUCCCGCUCCAAAUCCAAACCACCCAAAAGAGAUGAAAAGGAAAGGAAAAGGCGGAGCCCUUCCCCUAAACCCACCAAAGUCCACAUCGGUAGGCUCACCAGGAAUGUGACCAAGGAUCACAUCAUGGAGAUAUUCUCCACCUAUGGGAAAAUUAAAAUGAUUGACAUGCCUGUAGAGAGGAUGCACCCCCAUCUAUCUAAAGGCUAUGCAUACGUGGAGUUUGAGAAUCCAGAUGAAGCUGAGAAGGCGCUGAAGCACAUGGAUGGAGGACAAAUUGAUGGCCAGGAAAUCACAGCCACUGCUGUGCUGGCCCCCUGGCCUAGGCCACCCCCCAGGCGAUUCAGCCCUCCCAGGAGAAUGCUACCACCACCUCCCAUGUGGCGUCGGUCACCCCCACGAAUGAGGAGAAGGUCACGCUCCCCACGGCGCAGGUCCCCCGUCCGUCGGCGAUCCCGCUCCCCCGGCCGCCGCCGCCACAGGAGCCGCUCCAGCUCCAAUUCCUCCCGAUAAGCAAGCCACCGAAACUCUGCCCCGAAACGUAUAUCCCAUCCAACUCAGUUCUGUCACUUUUCUAGCUGAA